AUCUAGAAGGCAUCAAUGGCAUCCGAGAACGUGUAUGUCGAGCAUUGUAAAGGCAUCAAUGACCUCGACAAGGUCAUCUUGAGGGAGAAUCGCGGUGUCUCUGCUGAGGUGUAUCUCUAUGGAGGCCAAGUCACGUCUUGGAAGAAUGAACGCAGGGAACAGUUGCUUUUCCUUAGUAGUAAGGCUAUUUUUCAGCCACUAAAAGCUAUCCGUGGAGGUAUACCAAUCUGUUUUCCUCAAUUUGGGAAUAUUGAUUCUCUUGAGCAACAUGGAUUUGCAAGAAAUCGAUUAUGGAGUGUUGAUCCUGAUCCACCACCAUGUUCAUCACAUGCUUCUGCCAGGGCAUUCGUUGACUUAAUUCUUACUCACUCUGAAGAAGAGUUGAAGAUCUGGCCUCACAGGUUUGAGUUUCGGUUGAGGGUAGCUCUGAGUCCUGCUGGUGAUUUGAUGUUGACUUCCCGCAUUAGAAAUACAAACACUGAUGGGAAGUCAUUUACAUUUACAUUUGCCUAUCAUACCUAUUUUUCCGUCUCUGAUAUCAGUGAAGUGCGAGUGGAAGGACUAGAGACACUGGAUUAUUUGGAUAACCUGCAGAACAGGGAGCGGUUCACUGAACAAGGGGAUGCAUUAACAUUUGAAUCAGAAGUGGAUAAAAUAUACCUCAGUACACCAACAAAAAUUGCCAUCCUGGACCAUGAAAGGAAGCGAACAUUCGAGUUGCGAAAGGAUGGACUACCCGACGCUGUUGUGUGGAAUCCCUGGGACAAGAAAGCUAAGGCAAUGGCUGAUUUCGGUGAUGAGGAAUAUAAGCAUAUGCUUUGUGUAGAGGCUGCUUGUGUGGAGAAGCCCAUCACCUUGAAACCUGGUGAAGAGUGGAAAGGAAGGCAGGAGAUCUCGGCUGUUCCUUCGAGUUACUGCAGUGGACAUAUUGACCCGCGUAGAGUAACCUUCACUGGUUAAACACCGGCUUCUUCUUCAGCAUCCCCUGUACAGUUAUAAUCGUAAGAUCCAUAUCCGUACUCCUUCAACUGGCUCCUCGGGUGCAAAGCAUUUCGUUACAGAUUGUCUCUGUCCCCAAAUUUUAGUAUAAAGAGUGGUACUUUUGCAAGAUCAGUUUCUUUGGAUGU